AUGGGUGGGAAGCAGUCCCACCUGUCGAGCAAGGAGCUGAAUGACCAGAGGAGGAAGAGCACCAUCAGAGACGAGCCCACAAGCUUGUCCACAGCAACCGAGAGGAUCCGCAGACAGACUUCAGUGCACUUUGGCUACAGCACCCUGAGCUUGGCCAUGCGUGGGCUGGACGAGACCCCGGUGGAGUUGUGGCAGCUCCGCGAGCUGCAGAAGCUAAACUUGUCCAUGAACUGCUUGUGCUCCCUGCCUCCGCUCCUGAGCGCCCUUGACAACCUCGUGGUCCUUAACCUGUGGGGCAACAACCUCACUAGUCUACCGCCGGAAAUCGGACGCCUGAAGAAGCUGCGGGUGCUCUUUGCCUGUCGGAACCGUCUCAGUGAGGUACCUGAGGAGCUGGGCUCGUGCACCUGCCUGGAGGUCCUCAGUCUGGCCAAUAACCAGAUUACUGGCCUCCCAGGCAGCCUGGCAGCGAUGCACAAUCUGACCAAACUCAACCUGAGCCACAACCGCAUCGUUCACAUCCCCACCUGCGUCUAUAGCAUGAAGGGUCUGGUGUUCCUGCACUUAGCCUGCAACCGCCUGGAGACCAUCGCCGACCAGAUCCAAGACUUGGUCAAUCUCAAGAUCCUUAUUGUGGAGGGUAACAGUCUCCAUACGCUGCCCAAGACUCUUUGCUUCCUGCAGUCUUUAGAGCUUCUCAAUGUGGACUUCAAUGACCUACAGAGCGUGCCGGUGGAAAUGUAUCUCCUGAGUCGGCUCAGGAGGUUGGCCUGCCAUCCUCUGGACAAGGGACUUCAUAUUGUACACAACCCGCUCCUCAAGCCCAUACAAGAGGUGCUGCAGGGAGGACUCGGUGCCCUCUAUAACUAUCUCAAACCAUCUUGAUCUGGCUUUUUUUUAAUCCACAAAUGGUUUCCAAUCUGUUGUGCUUGAAUGAGUUCUUCUGGGAAUCCCUGGUGGUUGGCCAAGGCUCCAUGAUGAAAUUAGGAGGUUUACCCAGUCAUUUGGUGCUCAAGAUCACCUGUGGCCUCUGGAUUCCAUGGCAGGGAUUGUAAUUGCUGUUUUUUUGUGACAAAAAUACAGGAUGUAAUUAUACCCACCAGUCAGACUAUACAGUCUAAACAUCAGAACCCUUGA